GAAUAAUCUAAAAUGUCAUUGCUUGCCAAAGUUAGCAAGGAAUUCAACAAGAAAUCUGAAAGUGCCUUGUCAGUCAUGAUGAGGCUCAUCGGACCUGCUUUCAUCGUUGUAAUGUGGGGGCUGGUGUGAUACUUCACAUUCUUUUAUUUUUAUAUUAUGGCUGGGGCAAUGAAAAUGACUUUCCCUUUCUGGAUUUGAUUCCCGUACCACUUGUUAAUCUGCUUUACAUUCUUUUGAGUAUUGUAUAAUCAUACAAUGGCGUGAUUAAUCAAGCCCGGUAAUAUCAAGAACUUAAGAGACGAUAUGCAAAUGUUCAAAAGGAACAAAAUGUAUGGCAAACUGACCUCAAAUGAAGAAUUAUUUAAAAAGCACUUUGUUAAUGAAAAUCCUUCAUUAGAAAUGAGACAUCUGAUCAAGUUUAGGUUUAAAGAGCUUCCCUCGUAUGAUGCUAAUGCUUGUCCUUAUUUCUGAACUCAUUGAAAAGAUUUGAAACUCAUAAUGGCUCAUCAUUGCAGCAUUUGAAAUGAUUGAAUAUUGCACAGAGAUCACCAUUGUCCAUGGAUUAACAAUUGAAUCGGAAUGAACAAUGCUAGGUACUUCUUGUUGUUCUUAUUUUAUGUAUUAUGAGGAUGAGUUGAAGCUGUGAUUCCAUCGUAUGUAACCUUGCAGACCUUUCCUUUUGGAGACCAAUACUAUUCGAUCCUCGCAUCCUCACUCACAAUGUCACUGGUCCUUGGAGGUAUGAUGAUCGGGUUCAACCUUUAUACUGUAGCUAAAAUUGCAAAUAUUUUUAACAUGGGAGAUCCUACACUGAAAUUUUGGCAAGCCAAGGCUGAAAAACUUGGAGUUGGCCUUUACGAUUCUAGCAACCCUGAGCAUAUGAAAUUUCAGGGGAUUAGAGACAAUCUGUUCAAAACUUUUGGAACAAGGUCCUUUAUCAAAAUGCUACUUCCGUCAUUCAGAGAUUUGCCAUUCUUUGGACAUGAAUGGACGCUUGAAAUCAUGGAGUUGGAUGCCGAAAUGGCUGCUCUUGAACAUCAAAACAUUGAUGAAAUGAAUGAGUAUGUGCUUUAAUAUGUUUGUAACCCCUUUGCCAGCUAUUCUAUAUUAUGCAAAUUUCAACUC